GCACACUUGCAAAUAACUUAUACAACAGACUCUUAUACGAUAUUUAUACGAUAAAACAAACAAGUGCUAGUAUCUACGGACAAAGUAAUAUUUUGUUAUCAUUUUCAUUAUCUUGGUCCUCAAACAGAUCUAGAUUUGCACAAGAUGUUGGCAAAAAUUCUUCUCCUAUUUUUGCUCACAGGAUUUUCGCAUACACAGGAGUGUUUGAGCAGAGAUUACGGCCAUGGUGGUACUGUAUGUGUAUGUAAUGCGACCCAUUGCGAUACUGUUCCGCAGCCAGAGAAAGUAGAACCGUCUGAGCUUCUGGUCUACACUUCCAAUAAAGCGGGUUUAAGGUUUCAUCUAGAAAAGAAAAAAUUUGAAUCGUCUAAUCUUUUGGAUAAUCAGAUCAUAAUCAAUCCUAAAGAAAAGUACCAAACCAUUCUGGGUUGGGGUGGUGCUUUUACUGACGCAACUGGAAUCAAUAUUGCUUCCUUAGAAGAGGAACUUCAAAGCAAACUUCUAGAAUCUUACUUUUCUGAAAACGGUAUUGAGUAUAGUUUGUGUAGAGUCCCGAUUGGUGGAACCGACUUUUCGGUUCGUGCCUACUCGUAUGAUGACGGUGAAGAAGACAAAAACUUGACCAACUUUAAACUAGCUGAAGAAGAUCAUCAGUAUAAAAUACCGUAUAUUAAAAAAGCACUAAAUCUAACUGGGAAUAAUUUGAAGUUAUUUGCUUCUGCUUGGACUGCACCAACAUGGAUGAAAACCAACGGGGAAUAUACAGGUUUUGGCUUUCUUAAAGAAGAAAUGUUUCAAACUUGGGCUAAUUACUUUGUUAAAUUUUUGGACGAGUAUGAAGAACAAGGAGUGGAAUUUUGGGGUAUAACCACAGGAAAUGAACCUAGUUUAGCUCUAGUGCCUCUGAAUCAAAUCAAUAGCGUUGGUUGGGAUGCCACUGAAAUGGGUAAAUGGAUAGUGAAUAAUUUAGGACCAACAAUCAGAAAUUCGACACAUCAAAACAUAAAAAUUAUGAUUCUGGAUGAUCAAAGAUUAUUCCUUCCAUGGUUUGUAGAUUUGGCCCUCAAAGACAACUCCACUCGGAGUUACAUAGACGGGGUCGCAAUCCAUUGGUAUUUGAACAACAUCGUUCCUAUAACAGUAGUGAAUGAAACACAUUCGCAUUUCCCGGAAAAAUUUAUUUUAGCUACUGAAGCUUGCAAUGGAAUUCAGCUGGGUGUGGGUCCGGUAGUUUUAGGCUCUUGGGAACGAGGAGAAUAUUACUCAUUCGACAUAAUUGAGGACUUGUUAAAUUGGGUCAGUGGUUGGGUUGACUGGAAUAUGGUACUCGAUUUGACAGGUGGCCCAACUUACAUUAACAAUAACGUAGAUUCUCCGAUAAUUGUAAACGCGUCAGCUGGAGAAUUUUAUAAACAACCCAUGUACUACCAUCUGGGGCACUUUUCAAAAUUUUUGCCACGGCAUUCUGUACGAAUUGCCGUGAGUAAUACCAUAGAGGAAAAUGUGUUGGUGGUGGCGUUUCAAAGGCCAGAUAACGCCACAGCUGUGAUAAUUUUAAACAGAAAUGAAGACGUGGUCCCUGUGAGUGUUACUGAUCCUAAAAGGGGCACAGCACAAUUAGAAAUCAGUGAAAAGUCAAUUACGACUCUGCUGUACUGGUAAACAACAUACGAAAAUUAAAUAGUUGUUGCAACAAUGUAAUUUGAUUUAUUGCCAAAUAAAAUCUUGUACAAAUGUAA